AUGGCACGCAAGUUCUUCGUUGGCGGCAACUUUAAGAUGAACGGGACGACGCAGGCGAUCAAGGUCAUUGUUGACGACCUCAACAACGCCCAGCUCGACGGCUCCACUGAGGUCAUCAUUGCUCCCCCCGCGAUCCACCUCUGCAACGUGCUCAACACGGUCAAGCCGCCCGUCCAGGUGGCUGCCCAGAACGCGUACUUCAAGAACUCUGGCGCGUUCACCGGCGAGAUCUCGCCCGAGCAGAUCAAGGAUGCCGGCGUCCCCUGGGUCAUCCUCGGCCACUCGGAGCGCCGCUCGCUCUUCGGUGACACCGAGGAGGUCGUGGCCGACAAGGUCAAGGCUUCGCUUGCGGCCGGCCUCAAGGUCAUUGCCUGCGUUGGCGAGACGCUCGAGGAGCGCGAGGCGGGUGUGACCAACGACGUGGUCCAGAAGCAGCUUGGUGCGAUUGCCAAGGUGAUCAACGAGAGCGACUGGAACAACAUUGUCGUCGCGUACGAGCCCGUCUGGGCCAUUGGCACCGGCAAGGUCGCGACCAAGGAGCAGGCGCAGGAGGUCCACCACGACCUUCGCAAGUGGCUCUCGUCGACUGUCUCGCCCGCUGUUGGCGACGCGACCCGCAUCAUCUACGGCGGCUCGGUCAACGCCAAGAACUGCGGUGACCUCGGUGCCGCCGCUGACAUUGACGGUUUCCUCGUUGGCGGCGCAUCGCUCAAGCCCGAGUUCAUCGAGAUUGCGCGCACCAAGAAGAACUGA